AUGAUCAUGACACACAACAACAUGUUUGUGUAUCUCGCCAACAACUCGACGGUGGUCCCGGGAGGGGAGAUGGAUGGAAUGAACACCAACUUGCCAAGAGCGGAGUGUAUUCAAGUCCUUGCGGCUUCGUUCGCUGAGGGUGUUAAAGAGACCACGACGAUCUGUGCCCUGGCGGCGGCGUCUCCGGAGCAAGGCACCGCUCGGAAGUAUCUUGAGGGCACCAGUCGGGCGAUCUCCGCUACCAUCGACGAAGAUCAAAAACUCGGAAAGGAAACCCUCGAGGGUUUGCGCGGAUUGCAGGGCGGCAUCGAAGAUCUCCUUCACGGCACAUCCGAGCCGACUUGGGAACAGAGCUUGAAGGUGGCGAUGUGGGCACAAGAGCACCCAAACGAAUGGGUGGUCUUUCUGUGA